ACUAGAAAAGAGAAGAAGGGGACACGAAGCAUUUUGGAUCAAAUCAUUGUUUGAAGGCAUCUGAAAAUACAAAACAGGCAGAAAUUAUGUAAUUUUUUAGUGCAACUGGCGUGCUCGUCACUAAAGUGUCCGUAUUAUUAUAUUUUUUUUAUAAAGUCUGCUUGACGGGAUCCAGAGAAUGCCUAUCAGAUGAUAGUCAUCUGAUAGAAACAGGAUGAAACUGAGCUGGGGUGAUGGUGUGUUGUGAUGUGUCCCUGAUGGAUCCCCUCCAGGACAGCGAGGUGUCAGAUGCAGACCCUGACAAGCCUGGGCCGGAGUCUUGUAUGGACCGGGUCAACGCUCCUGUCUACUGUGUCUGCCGCAGGCCGGACAUCAACUGCUUUAUGAUUGGGUGUGACAGCUGUAACGAGUGGUUCCAUGGCGACUGCAUCAACAUCUCAGAGAAGGCUGCCAAGGCCAUCCGGGUCUGGUACUGUGAGAAAUGUCGAGCUAAAGACGGCUCCCUGGAGAUCAAGUUCCGUCCUAAGAAGCUGAAGGAGGUGGACCAGGAGAAAAUGGAGAAGAUGGACAAACAGCAGCGUAGCGGGACUCCUGACAUGAAGAUGGACCGGCGACGAGGUUCAAAGGUGAAGCGGUCAGCCCGCAUGUGUGGUGAAUGUGAGCCGUGCAUGAGGACUGUGGACUGCGCCCAGUGUGACUUCUGCAAGGACAUGAAGAAGUUCGGAGGACCCAACAAGAUCCGCCAGAAGUGCCGGUUCAGGCAGUGUGACGUGCGAGCCAGAAAAAUGCUGCGAGUGAAGGAUGAGGAGUUUUCCUCAGCGAAAGGCAGAGGUCGUCUGCGCAGGGCGGAGAACCUGUCAGACGAGUACAGUGAGAGUGAGAUGGAGCUCUACCAGCACUACAAGGCUGCAGGAUACGAUGACAGCAACAUGCCAUGGGCCAGUGAUGAUGAGGAUGGUGCUUCAGACCCAGCAACGAGGAAGAGGGCUGUGAAGGUCAAACACGUGAAGAGGAGAGAGAAGAGGUCUGAGAAGAAGAAAGAGGAUAAUAAAGUGCGUCGCCACAAGCAAAAACAGAAGCACCGGGAGCGUGUGCGCCACAGCGAGCGCAGCACAGAGGUGAAGGAGGGGAGCGCCACCAGGCAGUGUCUGGGCCCUGGCUGUGUGGAGGCUGCACGCGCCAACUCUAAAUACUGCUCCGAGGACUGUGGCAUGAAGCUGGCUGCCAAUCGUAUCUAUGAGAUCCUGCCCCAGCGGAUCCAGCAGUGGCAGCAGAGCCCCUGCAUCGCCGAGGAGCAGGGCAAGAAGCUGUUGGAGCGCAUCCGCCGCGACCAGCAGUCGGCCCGCAUGCGCCUCACCGACAUGGAGAAGCGCUUCCAUGAGCUGGAGGGCAUCAUCGCCAAGGCCAAGCAGCAGGUCGUGCAGCAGGACGAGGAGGUGAAUGAAGGAGAAGGGGACGACACGGACCUACAGAUCUUCUGUGUGUCCUGCAGUCACCCCAUCAACCCCAAGGUGGCGCUGAGACAUAUGGAGAGGUGCUACGCCAAGUACGAGAGUCAGACGUCCUUUGGAUCCAUGUACCCCACUCGCAUCGAAGGAGCCACCAGACUGUUCUGUGAUGUUUACAACCCUCAGAGUAAGACCUACUGCAAGCGGCUGCAGGUGCUGUGUCCAGAGCACUCAAGGGAUCCAAAGGUGCCUGUGGACGAGGUGUGCGGGUGUCCCCUGGUGAGGGAUGUGUUUGAGCCUACUGGAGAGUACUGCAGGGUGGCUAAACGCAAAUGUAACAAACACUACUGCUGGGAGAAGCUGCGGCGAGCAGAGGUGGAUCUGGAGAGAGUCCGAGUGUGGUACAAGCUGGACGAGCUGUUUGAGCAGGAGAGGAAUGUACGGACAGCAAUGACCAAUCGGGCGGGCCUUCUGGCUCUUAUGUUGCACCAGACCAUUCAGCAUGACCCCAUCACCACCGACUUGCGCUCCGGCAAGGACCGGUAGAUGUUCAAUAGAGACAAGGAUGGACAGAUAUGGACAAAGUAAUAAUCUGUCUAUCAGAUGGAUGGACAGCAAGACACUAACACGGAAACACAGUCGGACAGAUGGGCAAAAGUCUGAGGUAGUUUAUAGAAAGAUGACUACAUGGAAGGAUACAAGAUUGCAUGAGUCUACUACUAUGUCAUGGACAUACCUGAUGAUGGUUUGAUUUCAAGGGGUCCAUUUGGCCUUGUGGGAUUUGGCAUAGGCCGAUCCAAGUUUAGAUUAUUUACACAUCAUGAUGUUGUUACAACUUUACUACAGUCCUUUGAGAUUGGGCAGCUUGAAAAUAUUGUAUGUGUAUUGUUUUUACUCACUUUAGAGAAGAGGGACUAGUUUUAAUGUAGAAUAUCACUCCCAUGAAAGUUUUUGACAGUAUCGUGUUUUCUUGGUAUAUGUAUUUUAUGGUACUUCUUGCCCACAAAUUACUGUAAAUUUGUUUGAGUUGUCAAACGCAUUACAUUUGCCAACAUUUUGUAAAAUAAAUAAAUCAACAAAGCAAA